AUGCAGAGUCGAUGGUGGGACUAUGGCGGCGAUACGAUCAUUCGUACUGAUCAGUACGUCCGCCUCGCAUCAGACAAGGCUUCGCGCGACGGCUGGAUAUACUCGCGCGUACCCUUAACCGCUACCAACUGGGAGAUCCUGCUUGAGUUUAAGAUUCACGGUCAAGGUAACCUGUUCGGCGACGGAUUCGCCAUGUGGCUCACGAAGGAGCGCGCCACUGCUGGUAAUGUCUUCGGCGCUGUGGACAAGUUCGAGGGUCUUGGUGUCUUCUUCGACACUUACAAGAACAAUCGCCCUGGGACCGUAUUCCCCUACAUCAUGGCCAUGACGGGUGAUGGUCAGACGCAAUACGACAAGGAUAACGACGGCAAGGCCAACGAAGUGGCUGGAUGCUCUGCCCGCGGUAUUCGCAACGCAAACAUCCCCACCAAAGCCAAAUUCACCUACUUCGCAGACAAAUCCCUCAAGCUCGAACUCCAAUACAAGUCCGAAGACGAAUGGACCCAAUGUUUCGAAAUCGAAGACUACAAGGUCCCCGCUGUAGCCUACCUCGGCUUCUCCGCGGAAACUGGCGAGCUCUCGGAUAAUCACGACAUUAUCUCGGUCAAGACGCUCAACCUGUACCAGAAGAACCCGCCCGGCAGCUCCUCGUCCUCGUCCAGCAGCAAAGAUAAGAAGAAGAGCAAGAGCAAGGACAAGGCUAAAGUGAAAGCGCCCAAGGAAGGCGGCGGUAGCUGGACUUGGUUCUUCUUGAAGUUUGUGCUGUUUGGAUUGGCGCUUACGGGUGGAUAUGUCGGGUUUACGAUUUAUCGCGCCAGGCAGCGGGACCGAUUCUAGAAAGCUGGACUGCGAUCUUGGGUUCGCGAUGGGAAAAGCGAAGAUGUUGCGGGUGGAGACGUGUUGAAUGGGUUGAGUUGGAUAAGACGUGGAGCUUGACAAGGUUGUAAGUGAAGAAGGGGAAGAGCUGGUCGGCGGGGUAGCAUAGGAUGAAGCAAGCAGGGAGACUGGCAAAAGCAAAACGGGGUACGAUGUUUGGCGGUGGCGGUGGAUAGAUGAUGGCAUUGAUAGCGUUUUCCUUUUGCUUCUCCUACUCCUAGCGUAUGUAUACAUCACAAAAUCUGUUCAUACACUUUGAUUUCAUUUCUCGAUAUGUAAACAGUCCAAUGCAAUUGACCAAGAAAAUAUAGAAAACUGCCUCUUAAACAUGACUAUUCUACUGGUCCUCAGAUUAGCUCUCCUGACUGUUCGCAUGUACAACCGCAGGGUUUUUACACCCCAGGCUGCCGCUCAACUUUGGCUUUAAUGCCUCUCCUUAUGAGAGACAUCAUCACUGGACCCUUGAUCCCCGCUCUGCCAUAUACUGGUCAGAAGCAUGGAAGACCGAAGUAUUUUCCAACCACCCCAUCCGACCAAAACCAGCCCAACCAACACCCAACAUCCAUCCAAACCCCGAAGCCGAAAAACGAAGAAAUGCACGAGGGCCAAGCAGAGAAACCCGACAACAAGAACAUAGCAUGUCGGACCAGUCACCCCCCCACAAGUUGCUUCCCCGUGAUCCCACCCCGCGCUCGGAUUGAAAACUACAAUUUAAAAGCGUCAUCAGCUAGCAACUUCCCUUGGUAUGGGAAGGCGCUUCGACUUCAAGGUUCUUUCCUUCAUAUGCGCGGGGCUUAUGUGUGUACACAUUCGGGAAAGGGAAGCAGGAAGAGUGGUCAAGUUCUCAAGCCCCCCUAUGACUUGCAAAUCCGCGCUUCCGAUCU